CUUCAAGAAAAUAUGUAGACUCUAGAUCUAGAUUUUUUUCUAGAUCUGUAUGAAAAAUAAAUCUUAGACUAGUUAAGAAAUGGUUGUCGAAAUGCAACAUCGAGACUUAGGGGAUUUAGGUAGUGAAUUUAUAGUUAUACACCCUAGACUUAAGAAUCGUGCUCUUUUUGUGAUGCUACUUCUGUUUACAAUAGUUACGGCAUUUUUCUUUGGGUUACAUCUUCUGGAUGAAACUAUUCUGACAAGUUUAUGUUUUAUUUUAAUUGUCUCUCUUAUAUUCAAGUUGUCUUCCAAAAUACAUUCAGAAAAUCUUCUCAUCCUUCCAUCACUAGGACUUCAGGUGGAGACAACGUAUUACUUGGGUUAUAAAGUCACUCAGUUCAUUCAUUUAGCCUACAUCAAGGAUAUAGUUAUUAAUGAAGCAAUCACCAUGCAUUCUAUCAUGCAUUAUUUGUUAGUCUUGUUAAAAAGCAACACAAGUAAUGAAGUCCAUACUCUCCAGCCAUUAUUUGAGCAUUCCUGGCCAUCAUUGUCGAGUCUCAAACCUGUGUAUAGAGCAGCACAAAAGAAACUCAUUAAGCCACAGUUGAGAUAGCAGCUUUAUCUGCACAGACAAUGGAGGAUUAGUUGAGAUAGCAGCCUUAUCUGUGCAGACAAUGUAGGAUUAGUGGAAACAUUUUUAAUACGAUACUGAAUAUUCUAAGCAAAAACUUAAAAAUAUAAAUUUUGAAAAUCAAAAGGUAUGCCUAAUGCCAGGAGAUGUGAAGAAAUCCGUGGUUCUCAGCCAAACUCUCUUUUAUUAUCUGUAAAUUGUUUCUGGUCUUUGUGAAACACAAGAUGAAUAAAAUGUGUGUGACAUGAUUUAUUUAUUAACAGAAAGUAUAAUUAGUAGCGCUGGUGUGCUUGAAACCAUUCUAGUAUUAUGUUAUUAAAUAGGCAAACAGUAAGUACAAUAACAAAUACUGGUUUCCUCUAUUAUUGUUUAAAAUGGUUCUUAAUUUAUUGAUUGCUGUGUGUAAUAUGAAUUGUUGGUUUUAUAGUUUAUGUUAAUCUAUAGCAUUUUUUAUUACUGGUUAUUUUUUUUUUUUUAAACACUAUACUAAAUGAAUUGUUAAAAUGUAUAAAUGGUAACAAUAAAAAAGAAUCAAUGUUUUACUAUCAACUGUUAUUGGGGCAACUGGUAUCUGGGUUAAGUAGGCAUGACAUUAUAAUCACAAGAAUCAAUGUAUUAUCAUAAAUUGUAAUUGUGGCUUAGUACAUAGACCUCAUCACAGACCAAGAGAUUAGGAACAAGACCACAACAGCAAUUGGGCUUCACAGUAAAUUGCAUUUUACAGUAAAAAAACAACAACACCGCAAACUAAAACCUUAUAGCGUUCUUGGUAACAAGAAUGAGACAUAGAGGCAGACAAAGAACAUGAUGGGAAGACAACAUAAAAGAAUGCAGGCCUGUCAUUGAAAGAGAUUUUAUCCAAGACAAAUAACAGAGAGGAAUGUAGAAAGCUCAACAGAUAGGGGAUGGUGAAGACAGGUGUAAAUAGAAUCUUUAGAAUCAAUAUAUUGUGACUAUGUACAUAUGCUAAUAGAAUCAAAUGAGCCAGUGCAUUAUGAUAAAGUAAUUGUGACUAUGUACAUAUGCUAAUAGAAUCAAAUGAGCCAGUGCAUUAUGAUAAAGUAAUUGUGACUAUGUACAUAUGCUAAUAGAAUCAAAUGAGCCAGUGCAUUGUGAUAAGUAAUUGUGACUAUGUACAUAUGCUAAUAGAAUCAAAUGAGCCAGUGCCUUGUGAUAAGUAAUUGUGACUAUGUACAUAUGCUAAUAGAAUCAAAUGAGCCAGUGCAUUAUGAUAAACUAAUUGUGACAAUAUACAUAUGCUAAUAGAAUCAAAUGAGCCAGUGCAUUAUGAUAAACUAAUUGUGAUUAUGUACAUGUGCAAUGAGAACUAAAAUAGUCAAUGCCUUUAUUGCAUUAUGAUCCACUAUUUAUGACUAUGUAGAUUAUGAGCUAGUCGAAUCAAAAAGAGGGAAAGCGUUUUGAUCAAUGAAUAGUUUUCUUGAAAACUUUCCCACACUGCUUUGAGAAAUAUCUUGUUUUACAUACAUUUAUAUCACUUGCUUUCUAAAGGAAAGGAUAUUUAGUAUUUUGUUUUGUUAUAAACAAGACAGUUGGCAGCUAAAUUGGCACAAAUUUUAAUAUAGCCAAGUAGGAAAAUAUUAAUUCAUAACAAAGAAUGUAUGCAUUCUUAGGCAUAUUAUAAACUUCCCCAUUACGUCCUCCUUCCGUUGUUUCUAGUGACAUUUAGUGAGAGCUGAUUGUUUGUUGAUAGGUGUGGAACCUAAAAUGUUUAAUAUGAAGUUUUGUUAUUAUUCCUUGACAUCUUUGUUGUAUCCUUUCAUCAGGAGGAUUUAUUUUCUUAUUCCUUGAAGAACAUAAGACUUCCAUUAAAAAAUGCCUGUCUACACACUUGCUUUUUUAAUACUUAAUAAUAGUAGUAUAAUUUAUAUUGCACACAAUUACCAAUUAGCCUCUUUCCAGAUUGUUGAAUGCUAAAUUGAGUUUGGUACUUUCCUUGUGUAUUUAUAUCAUGUGAAUUUUUUUUUUUUUUUUUUUUUUCGUAGUGGUAAAAAGAAAACACUUUUACUAACAACAUGAAAAAUGUUAAUUAUUUAUUAAAGCUGAUACAAUUCUGUGCAGUCCUCCAUUGUCCUCCUCUGGAUCUGGACACUUGGGUGUCAGAUUUAAUUGACAUAAAAAUCAUCAUGUUCAUCAAGGGACAAGUGUUGAGGAGGCCUGUGUUAGGUUUUAGCUCCAGGAGGCUAGUGCAACCUGCUCUUUAGGCAGAGGUAUUAACUCACACACAUCUUUCAAUCAAAGCUUGAGGUCCUCUUGUAUAAUCAAAAGUAAACUUUAAACAAAAAUAUCUACAGACUUCCUAUAUUACGAGAUAUUAAAGAAUUUUCAACACUUAGCUCGUUAAAUUUACUGAUCCUGUUGUUCAACAUUGUUCAGCCAGUACACAAACACACACUUCCAUAACAACUAGUCCAUUCGUUUAUACUUUUAAAUACAUGUAUAUUUUGUGAGAGUUAAAAUGUACAUUUUGAAUGAACCUUACAUGUCUUGUUGCUUCAGUCCAAAGAAUAGAAUAAAAUAAUGUUAGAUACACUUUCUAGACAUUUGAGGUUAGGAAAUAGUUAUUUGUAUUAACACUCUAUUUGUAUUGUUUCGUACAUAUAAGCUAUUAUUCUAGUAUUGUUGAGCAUUAUUUUUACUUUCCCUUGGAAAUGUUUUUUCUUUCUAUAUAUGCUAGUUUUAAGAUAAGUAUAAAUUAUGUAAGACAAGAAUAAAUUGUGUAAGACUAGAAUUAAUUGUGUAAGACUAGAAUAAAUUAUGUAAGACUAGAAUAAAUUGUGUAAGACUAGAAUAAAUUGUGUAAGACUAGAAUAAAUUGUGUAAGACUAGAAUAAAUUGUGUAAGACUAGAAUAAAUUGUGUAAGACUAGAAUUAAUUGUGUAAGACUAGAAUAAAUUGUGUAAGACUAGAAUAAAUUGUAUAAGACUAGUAUAAAUUGUGUACCUCUAUAAUAAGGCUUGUCUUCGAGUUCGAAGAUUAGUAAGGAAUGUAGUCUUUCCUGUGGCUGCACAGCCCUAGCUGUGACCUCCAUAUUUUGCCACUUCCAGGGCUAGCAUAACCAUUGUCCGCGGGUGGUCGAUUUAGAUUUUCUUUCUGCCGUCUGCGUCUCUCCUUGGCAGCGGGUUUUCUUUUGGUCUCAAAUGUGUAUCCUGCAGCCUUUGUGAGUGACCCCUAUAAGACUUGUAUAAAUUGAUGUAUGUUUCCAUUGAACAACUUUGCUAUGCUACUUUUACAGAAUUGAGUUAAAGUUAAAUUCUAGUACAAAUGACAUUGUCUAAUAUUUAUUUCCAACACUAUAUACCCUAGGAAUUCUUUCUGAAUUUCAUGCUUUGUAUAAAUCAAAUCAUUAGUAAAAAUCAAAUCAAAUUAAGAACUUGUUUCGUAGAAAAAAAAAAGUUUGACAUUUAAUUGUAUAAAGCAAAUCAGCAUUAUACCAUGUAGACUUUGUGCAUACAAUGUAUGUUGAAUAGAUGUUGUGCAUACAAUGUAUGUUUAAUAGAAUUAUAACUCCAAUGAAAAAGAAAUAUUCUAGAUGUUUAUAACAAUAACUUGAAUGUUUUUGUACUCAGUAGAUGGCCAGUAACAAUAUUGUAUUUAAUUAUCAUAUGGAAUAAUUAAAGAAUUCAAUAUGAU